AACGGACGAACACUACAUUUUCUUAAAAAACACUAUUUUCCAUUUUCCCUACCAAAACAAGUUUCUCACGCUCACAUUCCUGUAUCGUAUAUCUCGUCACCAUCAUUCGAUACAAAAUUUUCUGCGUAUAAUUGGAUGUCAAUUUUAAAUCCCCUAAAAAUCAGCAAAAACUGACAGGGAAUUGACGUUUUCCUGAAAUUAUAGGCUACGAUAAAGGAUUUGAUUUUGAGAUUCACAGCGUAACAUCUCAAUAUUUUAGGAAACAGAAUGGAUUCUAUAAUCAAAACUGUGUAUAAAUAUGUUUGCUAUCAUCUAUCAUUCUCGCAAUUUCCCAUCUGUAGAAGCUGUCAUUGUUAUUCUUCUUCAACGCAGUCUGCAUACAGCUUCUGUAGGUUGUGCGUCUUACAGAUUCAUGGCUCCAAAAAACAUCACACUACUUGGACAACUUGAUUUGUCGCAUGAGAAGUUCACUUUGAAAGUUCGAGUCAUUCGAUUGACUAAACAACUAACUUAUGAUAAGAAGAAGACUUUUCGUAUUGAUAUAAUAUUAGUUGAUGAAGAGGGUACUAAAAUUGAAGCUCAAGUUCCAAGUAGGUGGGUUUUCAGAUUUGAAAAGAUGCUUGCUGAAAAUGAAUCUUAUUAUAUCGAGAAUCCUCAAGUUGGUGAAAACACUGCGGAUAACAAAUUUGUGAAUAAUUCAAACAAAUUACAUUUCUGUCCAAUCACAAUGGUUACCAAAUCCAAUGAUUUUGUGGGUCCUCUGUACGGUUUUUCUUUUGAGAACUACCAAACAAUCAUUGGAAAUAAUAUUCUAGAAAAAACACCAGUCGAUGUAAUUGGUCACGUGCUUUUAUAUUUUCCAAAGGAGACUUUUAUGUCAAAGCAUGGCAAGGAAACACGUAGACAGAAUGUGCAAAUCCAAGAUUUAGAGGGCCGAAAAGUGAGUGUUACUUUAUGGGAUGAGUAUGCUCAACAAUUUGUUGAUUAUGUGUCAAAUAAUCCGGAAGAAAGGACUGUUAUAAUAAUUAUUCAGUUUGGAAAAGUGUCUGAUUAUCGAGGUUGUUUGUCUGUUUCAAAUUGGUACUUUGUUACCAAGCUUUACAUCAAUGCUAACAUAGAAGAAAUCCUACUAUUCAAGAACACUUUGGUUUCCAAAAAUUCUUUUGAAAAUCUAUCUGCUAAUUGUAGCAAAGAUUCAUCAUCCCUGUUGUAUUAUGAGACCGAUGAGUUUCUUUUGAAACAUGACUUCAAACCCAUUACCGAAAUCCAAGAAAUCACAAAGGUAAGCCGAGUAAUUGUGCUUGGUACAGUUGAUGAAGAUAUUAUGAUGAACAUUGAGCUAAAUGAUGGAUCAAACGGCAAAAAAAUGUUUGUGUGUUCAUCCUCAAUCUGCAACAAUAAAGUUGUAGUAUCUGUUCUUCCUAGGUUUAAAAUCCCAAUUAGAGUCCAAGAUCCUACAGGAGUAAUUUCAUUGACUCUUUUUGAUGGUGAUGCUAAUAGGCUUUUAAGAAAAAAUGCACAAGAAUUGCUGGAAAUUUUUAAUGAGGAUGGUAAUACUGCUAUUUUCCCAGUUGAAAUCACUGAUUUGCUUGAGAGGAAAUUUGCGUUUCUGAUUGAAGUUUCUGAAUAUAAUUUGAAAAAUAAAGUACAAGGGUAUUCAAUACGAAAGUUGACUGCUGACCGUAAAAUACAUUCUGAACUUGAAAAGAAGUUUACAGUUGACGAGCAUGUUGAUUCCGACUCAUUCAACACUGCAACCUUUGAAGUCACAUCUCAAGAAACUACCAAUUUCAAGGAUGCAAUAUCAUUCACGGGAGAUAACAUCACUCCAGCCUCUAAUGUUGAGAAAAGCACAGCGACGAGUCCGUUGGCCAAAUACCGUUUUUCUAAAGUUGUAUCUCCCAAUGCAGAGCUAAAGCGCAAUCUUUCUUAGUAUCUUUACAAAAGUUGAAAUAGUUUUAAAAGGGAGAAUCCACUUAAAAUAUCCAAAAGUUGAUUUUACUGCAUUAAAAAUGUUUGUUUCAAUAAUUUAAUAGCAUUCUACUUUAUAGAUUGUUUAUUUUUAACAUUAUAGAGUUAUAUUUGGGUUUAGUUUUAUGAUUUUGCAGUUCUUAAAUAAUAUUUCCCCUGCUCCUGUUGUUUUUGUUUGUUAAUUUGUGUAAUAGCA